AUGGCCUCUGCUGAACCUUACGAAAUCACCGUACUCGGUGCUACUGGGUGGACAGCUACUAUUUGCGCCGAGCAUGUCGCCAAGACCUUUCCAACAACCACGAGAUGGUGCAUUGCUGCUCGGUCAGCCGACAAGCUUGAACGUCUCAGGCAGAGUUUAAGAGCUACCAACCCAGACCGACUUGAACCGGCAAUCCAUACUAUUGCCCGACUUGAUGCCAAGAGUCUUGACCCGCUCACUGUCAACACCAAGGUUCUCAUCAACGGCAUUGGACCCUAUCACCGAUAUGGAACCCCUGUGGUUGAGUCCUGCGCUCGAAAUGGCACCCAUUAUGUCGAAUUCAGCACCGAGACAGCUUGGAUUGCCGACAUGAUUCGUGACUACCACAGUCUGGCGGAAUAG